UUGGCUAUCUGCGAGGCGCAAUGAUAAUGUUCCCAGUAACCAGUUCCAGUUUUCGGAUAGGUUUGCGUAGCAGUGGUACGCUCGUUCACGUAUCGCUCGAAUAUUAAGGUAUUUCAACCGAAAAAGACGCAAAACAUUCUACUAUAUAAGUAUAUUUAGAUUUAAAUCAAAGUUGUUUCACAUGGAUACAUGUAAUCAUUAGUGUAUGUAGUGUUUUCUUGUGGUAUACUCGAGAUAAUUCGACUAGGUAGUUGACAUAUCAUUUCGCAAGUAGUCUCACGGAGGUGGUUUAUUUGUGUACAUUCAUUCUGUUUCUGUGGAAGAUAUCCGCACGGAUUUUAGUGAAUAGUGAUAUAAAGUGUUGUCUGUGUUGCGAUCAAAGGUCUAAAGUUACUUGAGUAUUGAGUAAAUAGUGCGUGAUGUGGUAGUGGGUGAAGUUAAUCGUUGGUGUGGUAUACGUGUUUAGUGAAGGUGUUUGUUAGCGGUUCUUGCGCUGUGAGAGCCAUGCUGGCUCGUUCGUGCCGCUGCGACGUUGAUGCACGACCGGGAGAGACGGGAGCCAAGUCCCACAGUAGUCUUACUUCAUAAUGGCGAGUGCAGCCACGCGGCAGUUUAGUAUCGCCGCUCAAAAUGUUGCGACCUGAAUCGCCACUCGCUGACCAUCGCAGCCUCCUGUCGCGGCGGUUGCUGCCCGCCAAGGCUCAGAUAGCACCAGCAGACAACAAGCGAAAGAACAGGAGGUCGCUAGAACUUAACCCUCCCUCGAACGACCAUGGUCCAUACGACUACUCCAAACUUCUCAUUUCGAAAACGACCGACUCCUUAAACACAGAAUGCCCUCGCAAAUUGAUUAGCAAACAAGAUUCCACAGAUAGCCUCAAACGUGCUCUGCUAUCUAAAGACGAUAAAAAAGCCGUUAUCAAGGAGUCGGAUAAAAAAGGCCAGAUCUCAAAACAAGACUCUAGUGAGAGUUUAAAGAAAGCUUUGCUCUGUCGACAAGACUCAAAUGAGAGUGUCAAGCGGAAAGAAGCCGAGGCCAAACGUGCACAGAAGGAGGAAACAAAAAAGGUUCCGGAAAUCAAGAGAGGGAGUGAUAAGAAAGGUUUACUGGAGACUGAUAUAGAUGAACCCUUGAAGAGGAUUUACGAGAGACGGACGGGGUGUGCGCGUCCUACGUUGCCGCCCGUGGCUGAGAAGACCGCGCCGUCUCCGAACUCUCCGAAUGGCAGCCCUAACACGCCAACCGUGGCGGCCGUGGCCGAGGGCCUGGCGCGAUGGGGCAGCGGCCUGCUCUCCCCGAGGGAGGAGCCGCGCCUCAAGGCUGCCCGAAGCUGGUACGGCUAUGGCACGCUACCAACAGACAGCGAAAAGAUGGGAGCAGGCGCGACGGGGCCCGGUGGUCGUCGUGCCUUGGAGCUGAUCCUGAGCGGGGGGCUCAAGUCCUUGGCAAGACCCGCGAAGCCGGUCCGUAGGGCAGCCAGCAGGGACUCCGUGCUGUCGCAACCCCAACCCCUGCUUGAGGGUCUUCGCAAGUGCUCGACGGUACUCGCGCUGACCGAUCGGGAGAAGAGCUCAGAGCCCAUCAGGGCGCACAAUAGACUGCGCGCGCCCUCCGUCUGCUCCCGGUGCUCGUCGCUGCUCUCCCUCGCUGGUGCCAGUGGAUCCAGGUAUUCCCUCGACGGUGCUGGCAGCGGCUUCGUGCCUGCCGCACCAAUCAAUUGCAAGCUAUGCCUUGAAGAUGCCACCGUUGAUAAGGUCACUCUCAUCUCCGGCUGCGGAUGCUCUUUCUGCACAAAGUGUAUGAAGGCUUACGUGGAGUUCGAAGUCUGCAACGGCGCGUACGAGGUGUCCUGCCCGGACGCGCGCUGCCGGGUCGGCGCCGCGCUCAACCUUGAGGAGAUAUCCGGGCUGGUGGACGCGGCUGUCAUGGAGAAACACCUCAAAUUCAGACUCAAUCACGAGGUGGCGAUGGACUCUGGGCGCGCGUUCUGCCCUCGCGUCGGCUGCGACACAGUGGUGCAGGUCCGGGCGGCCAGCCCCGCGCACUGCCCCACCUGCAGGCAUGACUUCUGCUCACAGUGUAACCAAGAGUGGCACGGCGGCAUGACGUGCGAGGCGGCGGCCGCAUCGUCCUCGCUGGGCGGGGCGGGCGCGCCGCUGCUACCCGACUCCGAGCUCAUCAAGCUGUGCCCCAUGUGCCGCGUGCCCAUCGAGAAGGACGAGGGCUGCGCGCAGAUGAUGUGCAAGCGGUGCAAACACGUCUUCUGCUGGUACUGUCUCGCUUCCUUAGAUGAUGAUUUUCUGUUACGUCAUUACGACAAAGGACCUUGCAAAAACAAAUUGGGACAUUCACGUGCAUCAGUACUAUGGCAUCGCGCACAGGUGGUCGGAAUUUUCGCAGGCUUCGGACUCUUGUUACUGGUGGCCAGUCCACUGUUGUUGCUGGCUGCACCAUGUAUCGUCUGUUGCAAGUGCAGGCUCUGCAACCCCAGCACGAAGAACCUUGAGGAAGUGGACGAGAUCGAGAGCAUCAGCCCGGACGAGGGCAGCCGCGACCGGUACCUGUCCGACUGACGGCGGCGCCGCGCGCGGUACUAAACGUACCACUCCACGCACCCACGCCCACUGUCUCCACACAGUGCCCACAAACCGAUCAAAACCGUCACUCGUCACUUGAAUACAAUAACAAAUGUUGUAAUACAAGAUAUUUAACAAUUUGCCGUAUUAAUCGACCCUGGAACAAGACUCUCCAAUACUCGCCCGCAUAAAUUCUUAACGUGUAUGACAUCCAUCAUGAACGUCGCAAGAAAAGGGAAUAUGAGUGAUGAAAAACAACUUUCCUCGUGUUCAAUCCAUCAUAAUUCAUUAAAACGUAAGAAAUAAAAGUGCGACGAUCAAUAGACCUAUAUUAGUGUGAGGUAGUCGAUUUAGUAAAUGUUUUAGUUGUGAUUAACUACGAGCGAUUACAAAUGAACAUUAAUAAAUAAAUUGUUUAAGCAUUUAAUCGAUGUUAACAUUAUUUAUCGAGAAUGUACAUGGACUAUCAUUUAAGCUGUAAGCUUGGCAAAGGUGACUUGAAGACAGGGAGCUUCCAAACGUUUUGAAAUUAGACACGUAGUUUUUUUUUAUCUGUGACCUUGUGCACUAUUUCGUCUUUGAAAGUGAAAUAAGAUGCUUGAUUAAUUAUUAAUCAUUUGUUUGCUGUUAACAAAAAAAAAACUAAUUAACUACUGGCCGUUAUGUAAUCUAAAAAUCUUCCAGUUUCAUAUUAGUGAUACCAUAUCAUUUUCACAAGCUCCCUGAAAGUUGCCACCGAAAAAAAAGUUUCUUAUAUCUUGUACAAAGUAAGUAGAUAAAACUUGUCAUUUUUUUUUUGUUUAAUUUGGUGUUGACUGAGACUUAAUUGUAAGCGAUAGACUGAAGAAUGAUCAUGAUAUAGUAAAAUGUAUUUAUUUUGAUUUAUAAAAUACUAUCGGUAACGUGAACAUAUAAAUGUGAUUGGGAUAUCUAUAAGCGUAUGUUUUGAAAUAUAUAGGUGCUAAAAGCCGUUUUUAAUAAUCAACCAUAUUUAGUGUAGUUUGUCAACAUUCGCGAGAAAGUCAUUUUUUUCGAAUUUAAUAAUACGUAUGGAUAGAAUAUUAAAAACGGCGAGUAAGCGACGAUGUAUUCUAUGUCGUUCUUGUAGUAAAAAACUGCUUCUCAUUUACAACAAGGCAAUAACAGUACUUACAUUUAAAUUGAUUCGACUAUUGUAUUAAAAAUCCUAUGAUUGUAAUAUAUUGAUCAUUUGACUCAUAAGCAAAGUCGCUGUCAAAAUAUGUAUAAGCAAGUAGCCGUACGAAUUUCGAUAAUAGUUUUGUCAAAAGUUAGUUAAGCUCUGUCCAGCAGUUUUCCUUCUUGAUAAUUUCGUGUUAAGUAACUCACAUCUCCCUAUUUGCCGAAUCUGGUAAGAUCUUCAGCAAAUUGAUUAAAUGUCUCUUUUUGCGGGUAGUUUUUUUACCGCGUCAUAUGGCUACAUGGUAUAUGAUUUUUAAUUUAUGUAGUAUUGUAUACACUGUUUUAAAUCUUCUCUUAUCUGCCCAUAAGGUUCGCCGCACACUGGUCACCGGCCACAAAACGCGGCCUGUAACUAUCAUACAACCCUUAUUUAGUGUGGCAACCCUUCGAUUGGCUCGUGAACAUUAAUUAUCAUUGCGCCUCCACAUAGCGCGUUACUACUAAAUUCAAAUACGAGAAAAACUUUGUUAAUCUAAACAAAUUGGUAUUUUAUUCUUCUAAAUAUACUGCGUGGAUAUCUGAUACUCCAUUUUAAUAUUUUUCUGACAAUUAUCAAUCCUGUACAGUUUAAAAUCCAAUAUAUAUAUUAUAUAUAUAUAUAUAUAUACCUAUAGUUUAUACCUAUCUGUAAUGAAAUAGAAUAUUAAUAGCGUAGAAUACAAUACAAAACACCAAUGAGAAAGUUGGAAUAUUGAACAUAAGUGUAACUGCAAUGCAGUGUGUGUCAACGCAUGGUUGCCACCUGUGAUGGCGUUGGGAAAAUGGCUCCUCUACAUACCGUUAUUGGCCGGUUGCAAUAGAGAUACUUCUCAAGCGCCUAGAACGCGGGUACAAGGGAACACAAACGCAAUUGACUGUAGUGGCCUGUUACAACUACUCUGUCCAAACUAAAAGUAGAGUAUAGUGGAAGUGACGUCAUUAGGCCCAGUAACAUUCGCGAGCCGAGCCUCAUACCCUACACACUGCUGGCACUGCUGCUCGUGCGGAGGCCACGAGGCCUUAACAUUAACUUAUUUAUAGCAUAUUAAAUAUUUAUGACUGUAAUGUAAAUAAGAAAUAAUAUUGUACUUAAUUUUUUAAUUCAAGGAUCGAUGAUGUCUUGCCAGAACUAUUUUUCUCGCUGAUUUAAGAAAAUAAAUGGUAAUAAUAGUAAAAACUGUGUAUUCAAGUGGUCAAAUGUAAUUAAUGUUAGAAGACCAGAGAUGUAUGUAUUUUUAAAAUGACUUUUUCGACUCCAUCGAUCCUACGUAGCUUGUUGUAGCAAGCUAGUAAAAGCAUUUGUAGAUUUAAUCAAAAAUUGUCAGUAGGUGAAUAGAUGUGAUAAGCAAUUCAGUUGUAAUAUACUUGCAAUGUACUUAUUACACUGUCCAGAAUAGUUUCAUCUUUUUUCUCUGGUACUUUUUUUAUGAAUAGUAUACCUGCCUAUAAUAAUAUGCAAAAAAUUACGAAAAUUGCCUAACCAGUACACAUCUGGUAAAAUUGUUUAGUUGGGUAGCAAUCCACAUUUGCUAGGUAAUGUGAAUAUUAUCAUUUCAAUUAAACCUUUAGAAUUGCCAGUUGUUUGAUUUUGAUUCCAAAGUUUUACUAAUAAAAUGCUGUAAUGUGAAUAAAAUGUUGCAAGUAAUUUACAACCCUAACUCUAAUAUAUCUCAUUAAGUUGAUUAUAAAAUGACUUGUCUAUGGUAUUGACUUAAAUUUUUAAAUAAUGAUUGUUUAAUAUUUAUGGUAAAUGCAAAUAUAAGUUUAAAACUUUGGUAGUGAUAUUGGCUGGUCAAAAGAUUGAAUACACAAAUACGGUAUACAAUAUUUGCAUUUUCCAUUCAAAUAUGAAAUCAGGAUAUUGUAAAUAAAAAAAAAGAUUUUAUUUUUUGUUA